AUGCAGCCUGAUAUUGAACUUGGGCAUAUCCAUGGCCACACCCCAGGUGGAAACAGCACAGUCUCCUUGACCGGAAGCAUUGCUACCGAUUCCGAAAAACUGAACUGGUUCGCAAAGAGCCCUAGGUACUAUGAAAUAUACCUGAAACCCAGUUCUUAUUCGGAGACAUACUGUGCAGCCUAUCUACCAGGAAGAAAAUACAAAUCCACUGGGAAAUACCGGCACAAAGACACCUUAGGGCGCGUGUGGAUAGGUCCUGAAGAUGACCGAUACUUGAGAGCUACGGAUGGGCGACUAGUAGAACUAGUAGUUCAAGUGUCCAAGGAUAUAUGGCAUGGCCCCACCAACUCGACCUGGGCUCGGAAGAAAAUCGAGGAGUCUACCCCGACGAUACUUCGAGUUGUGUACUCGCUUUUGGGACGACAGCUUCAGAAUAACCAGGACGCGUGGUCAAGGUUUACCAUGUGCCUGGAGUGGCUUCCGUCCUGCUUGACCAUCGCUGGUCUGCUAUUUAUCCCAGCAGAUCUUGGCGGAGAGUUGAGAAACAAUGGUCAUUACGAACAGUUCAAGUAUCACUACUGGGGCUAUUCAAAGACCCCGGCCAAUCUUCACGAGGUCGAACCAUCGAGCACUAACACUCUGCCAGGCACUCGUCAAUACGCAAAUGGGAUUUCAAAGCGGCCUCUGCGUCCGAGGCGGCUGUGCUUGCUUCAAGACGAGGGAGGUAUUGCCAUUGUCAAUGUCGAAAAAUGGGAGGCAGUGCAUGGUAGCAUGGAGUACCUGUUCAUAUGCUAUACCACUGAGCAGUACAGCCAUAAGUCGAACGAAGACAUGGAUGAACUUCAUCGCAUUGCUGAAGCUGCGGCCCGGAUGGCAGGGGUUGCGGCUUACUGGAUUGCGUGCAGCUGCAUGCCUGACGAUGGCGACCAAUUUGAAGACGUCUACCGGAUCAGCGACGUCGUCCGGGGUGCCCAAGCCUUGGUGGUGAUCAUUGGCCCCUCUCCAGGUCUCAGCCGAGACGAAAGUGGAAUGCUUCGUCAUUUGGGGAGUCGAAUGUGGACCUUCCCUGAGGUCCUCCUGAGCCCAUCGAGUCAACCGAUCUCCAUAUACACGCAUGAUUGUCACCCAAAUUCCUUCCGCGUUCUGUCGAAGCGGAACUUCGCAAUUGAAGCCUGGGGAGACGCCGCUGUCUCAAGACAACUUAUUGAUCAUUAUGAAGGUUCGAUUAUACUGAGUCCUCUUGAGCUGGUCUCCAUCGCCUUGCAAUGCUUUCCGAAUCGUGACACCACGACGUUCUACAAAGGGGACCUUUCGUACGCCCUGAUGGGCUUGUUACGACGUCGUCCAAAUGUUAACCCGAAUGACUCGGCCUUUGAAGCCUUCUGUCGAUUGUCUUUGGCCAACGACAGCGAUCGGCUGCUCGAGAGGCUGAUAUGCAUGCUACCUCGAAACAUCGACCAGCCUUGGUAUGAGAUCAACGACUUCUGGGACAGUCAUCUUUGGGACAUUGAACCUCUUUGCCAAGUUGUCGGCAUCGGUGGCGAAGACACUGUGAUUAUGAGUGGUGCUUUUGGUGCUCCGAUUCGCUGGACAUCCUUUAAGCCGGUCAACAUGUUGAUGCGUAACACGACAAAACGUUCGGUAGCCAGAGUUGUUCUUCGCAGUACUCCUGCUUGGAUCGUUACAGGCGUGAUUAUGCUAGCAAUCAGCCAGUCCAGAAAAGGAAACUACCUUCCAGUCACACUGAUCGGGUGGAUAUUGACAGUUCUGUACAUUUUGGUCAUCUUGGCGUCUCCGUACCUCAUAUCCUCUCUUUAUGUUGGUAAGACGUGGGCGGCACAGCCAUGGCUGUUCGGGUUUGAGGGCUACAUGGAGAUUGGUGAGAUCGAGAAGCUCGUCUUCGGCAUCAAUCUUGGCCGCUUGAAGUGGAGUCCCUAUUCCAGCGAGCUCUCGCUGCAUGUAUCCCAGAACGGUGAGUGCGUGGGGCAAGAUCCCACCUGCAGAGAAUCUACCGCACAGUUUGUGUCCGCUGCCCAGAACUCGCGGUAUGGAGAGCUCAAGCUCUUCACCUUGAUUGAUACCAAUACUUUGACCGUCACCCUAUUCCGGGCUCGCCGCCCGCCGGUGGCAAUGCUGCUUUGCGGCAGCGAGGGUGGCAUGCAGCGAGCGCUGCUUUGUUCUUACGAUUGGAAGUCCCAGACCCUCUAUCGCGAGACUGUCCUGCGGGUGGACACGCUCGUCUUGGACAAGAUCUCACGGGUGGAUCGAUUCCGGCUUGGUUUGAAAAGGCCUAUGGCGGAGACGGUAAGGAUCGCUUGCUAA